AUGCCUUACCACCCAGAUUUACAAGCAACAUACGACAACAAGGUCAACCCGGACAACCAGGCCAAGGUGGAUACCCAGGACCAGCUGGCCAACCCGGACAAUCAGGCCAAGGUGGAUACCCAGGACAAUCGGGACAACCCGGGCAACCAGGACAGCCAGGCCAAGGUGAAUAUCCAGGACAAGCUGGCCAACCCGGACAACCAGGCCAAGGUGGAUACCCAGGACAAUCUGGCCAACCCGGACAACCUGGACAACCAGGCCAAGGUGGAUUCCCAGGACAAUCUGGCCAACCCGGGCAACCAGGACAGCCAGGCCAAGGUGGAUACCCAGGACAAGCUGGCCAACCCGGACAACCAGGCCAAGGUGGAUACCCAGGACAAUCUGGCCAACCCGGACAAUCAGGACAACCAGGCCAAGGUGGAUACCCAGGACAAUCUGGCCAACCCGGGCAACCAGGACAGCCAGGUGAAGGUGGAUACCCAGGACAAGCUGGCCAACCCGGACAACCAGGCCAAGGUGGAUACCCAGGACAAUCUGGCCAACCCGGGCAACCAGGAAAGCCAGGCCAAGGUGGAUACCCAGGACAAGCUGGCCAACCCGGACAACCAGGACAGCCAGGCCAAGGUGGAUACCCAGGACAAGCUGGCCAACCCGAACAACCUGGACAACCAGGCCAAGGUGGACACCCAGGACAAUCUGGCCAACCCGGGCAACCAGGACAGCCAGGCCAAGGUGGAUACCCAGGACAAUCUGGCCAACCCGGACAACCAGGACAGCCAGGCCAAGGUGGAUACCCAGGACAAUCUGGCCAACCCGGGCAACCAGGACAGCCAGGCCAAGGUGGAUACCCAGGACAAGCUGGCCAACCCGGACAACCAGGCCAAGGUGGACACCCAGGACAAUCUGGCCAACCCGGGCAACCAGGACAGCCAGGCCAAGGUGGAUACCCAGGACAAUCUGGCCAACCCGGGCAACCAGGACAGCCAGGCCAAGGUGGAUACCCAGGACAAGCUGGCCAACCCGGACAACCAGGACAGCCAGGCCAAGGUGGAUACCCAGGACAAACUGGCCAACCCGGGCAACCAGGACAGCCAGGCCAAGGUGGAUACCCAGGACAAUCUGGCCAACCCGGACAACCAGGACAGCCUGGCCAAGGUGGAUACCCAGGACAAUCUGGCCAACCCGGACAACCAGGACAAUCAUAUCCACCAAAUGUUUUUGAUUGUGUUUAUUCUGGGAGAAUUAAAUUCGUACAUGUAUAUAAUUACGGCAUUUGCUGAAGAAGAGCGAAGAAAAGCGCUUUUGCAAAUGGAAAGACAAUGA